AUCAGAUUUUAUAUUUUUUUUAUACAUCAGAGACAAUACAAAUGGCAUCCCAUACAGUAAUUCCCGGUGACGAAAUCUACGGCCCGGGCUCGUAUAUCGACAAAGAGCCCAUCCCCGUCCCCCAAGACACCCGUCGCGUCUUCGAAUACCUAGCCAAAACCACCCCUGGCUUCACCCAAAAUCAGCGGCACUGGGACAAUGUCACCUUCAACGGCCGUCCAGAGCCCUCAAUCCCAGGGCCCAUCAAAGCACCCGUGGUAGCAGCUGCGCUGCACGCGAUGUGUGGUGUCGUUGCGAAUGAGAUUGUCGAAGACCGUGACGGGCAAGAGCAAUCUCGUGAGCAGGCACAGGUGUCUGUGAACACGGACCACGCAGCAAUCUGGAUGGGGAGUAUAUUUACGCCGUACAUCAACGGGACAGAUGUACAUGACUUAUUCAAGGCGAAAAAGUUGGGUGCUUUGUUUAAAAAGGAUCUUGAGCAUGGAUGGAUGGGUAAUUUCAUGAACCUGCGCACCACUGCGAUUUAUAAGACUGCUACGCCUGGUGUGUGGUACCAGCUUCAUGGGUCGCUGGAUGCACCACCUGUCCUGCGCUCGAUGGGCAUGGAUCCGGACUAUCCAGCCAAGACCCCACAGGAGGCAUACGAGUACAUCGCUUCGCAUGUUGAGAAAUGGACCGCUGACGAGCUGGAGAUGCACAAUGUGCGGAACGGCUUCUGCGGUGAAAUAUGCUACACGCCUGAUGGCUGGCGCAAGACAGAAAUGGGCAAGCGGCUCGCUGAACACCCGCUCGUUAACUACAAGCGUCAGUCGCAUGCUAUCCCGACACCUCCUACACCACUACCCCCCCGUAUCAGAUCAAGUGACCGUCGCCCACUUGCCGGUGUCAAGGUCGUGGAACUCGUCCGCAUCAUCGCCGGUCCCGUCAUUGGAAACACACUCGCAGCCUUUGGCGCGGACGUAAUCCGCGUCGGAUACAGCAAGCUCCGUGAUCUGAACGUGCUGCAGCUCUCUCUGAACACAGGGAAACGCACCAUCGAACUCAACCUUAACAGCCCCGAGGAUAAGCAGCGUCUCCACGACCUCCUCCAAGACGCCGACGUCUUCGUGCAGGGUUUCCGUCCCAAUACCAUCGCCCGCAAGGGCUUCGGUCUCAACGAUCUGCUCUCUCUCGCCGGCGCUCGCGGCAAGGGCAUCGUCUACGUCGAAGAAAACGCUUUCGGGCCUGACGGCAUCUAUCACGAACGCCCUGGAUGGCAGCAGAUUGGUGACGCCGCAUCGGGAUCUUCGUAUGUCACUGGCCGUUCUCUGGGACACACGGAUGGGACCAGCGUGCUGCCGCCCUUGCCAAUUUCUGACAUGACAACCGGUCUGCUCGGUGCGCUGGGCGCCAUGCUUGCUAUCCGUGAUCGCGCGCGCACCGGCGGCUCCUACCACGUGCUUAGCUCGCUUGUUGCUGCUGAUGAAAUCGCCCUCAGGCCUGAAAUCGGCCUGUACAGUCCUGAAGUUGUGACUAAGAACGUUGAGACGUUCAAAUGGGGAACUAUGGAACCUUCGCAGUAUGUUACCGAGGUACUAGACGUGGUUAUGGAUGGGUGGAAGAGGGUGUUCCCGGAGCAUCUGACGCCUGGGACAAAGGAGUCGUUUAUGGUGGGCUCUGAGAAGAGUGCGUGGGGGAAGAUGGAGUUGUUGAAGCCGGUUGUGAGAAUUGGGGAUGAGAGUGUUAACCCAAGGUGGGAGACGCCUACGGUGCCGAGUUGUGGAGAGGAUAGGGGUAUCACUUGGCUGUAAUUCUGCAAGUAUAUAACUGUUGUAAUGUUUGCUGUGAAAGCCUUGGGAUGUACAAUAACAGAUGAUUUAAUAGCACGCCAGUCUUUCUU